AUGGCCACCCUCACCUUCGGCCUGAUCGUCCAGGCCGCUCCCGUGCCCGAAGCUGCUGCCGGGACUGUCCAGAAGCGCGCCUGUCCGGGUGGAUGUCAUGCUCAGUGCAUGCCACUUCUGACCACCACCUGUCAGGUGCGCUGCAGUGGUAGAAACCCCAUCCGUCAAGCUGUCUGCGCCGAAAAGUGCAUCCAAAAGGCUACCCAGCAGUGUAUCGCCCAGUGCUAA